UGGUUCAUUUGACUGACAGUGACACGAGUGAUACUUAUAACAGGCAAAAGCUAAAAAAAUCCCCUCAAAGCCACAUUAUAUUAACAUUGUUAAUCUACUAACUAUAUAAAUUAAUUAUUCACGUUUCUUACCUAUUGUAUUUGUUGUCGUUUACUUGACGGAGCUUACGGAUCCUUACAAUUUAUGUGUAGAACUCAGUAAAUUUAUUGUGUCUUAAACACUUCUUCGAUAGAUCAUCACACAAAGGGCAUCUUGAAUCGAAGGCGUGAGAGGAGUUUAAUCAAAGGGCAGGAUGGCUCGUGGCCAACAAAAAAUUCAGUCACAGGCAAAAGCUGCCGAAAAGCAAUCAAAAAUGAAGAAACAACAGGGACACAGUGCCACAGACCAGAAGAAGGCAGCUCAGAAGGCAUUGGUUCACGUUUGUGUUGUCUGCAAGGCACAGAUGCCCGACCCUAAGACUUACAAGCAGCAUUUUGAAAACAAGCAUCCCAAGAAUGAUCUUCCUGAAGAUUUAAAGGCUAUCUAACACUGCAUUUCUUUAGUUCAUAUUUAAUUGAAAUACCUAUGUCUAAUUUUUCAAUGGUUUAUUCUAAUUGUGAACUGCUACUGUAUUAAAUCAUUUUGAGUACCUAACAUGGAUCAGUUAAGUAGAUGAAACAUAUGUAAGGCACACGCCACCAGCAGCAAGGCUACAUGAAUGGUGAACAGUUUGCAAUCUGCUCAGAACACAGUCCUGGGUUCUAACUUGCAACAUGUGGACCGUAGCAUUCGAGCAUUGUUGUUAUAGUAUUAUGGUGGUUAUGAUAUUAUUAAGCUUCUAUCACCAACCUCCUGCUCAUGGCGUGUACUUUAAUUCGUCUAUUUUGUGAGUUAAUUAUUUUUUUACAAUUGAGCUGCAUUUAUCUGAAGUGACACUAAGUGACAGUGAGACCAUAUUCAAAAACAUAUUAUGCCCUUUUUAAUAAUAAUACUAAUAAUUAUUAUUAUUAGUAGGCUGAAUAAUUAUCCUACUAAUAAUAAAGUAAGAUAAUGUAUUUUAGAUUCCUAUUUUGGAGUGUAGUGAGCAGCCCUUCACACCGCCUGUGCUAUACUAACUGUACACUGGGAUUGAUAUUUUGGUUUCGUUUCAAGUCUGCCAGAGUAUUGUUUUGCAGGUUGCAGUAUAUGCUACUUUUAAUAUGGUUCCCGUCAGUUAGAGCACCGGAUAUUGGAUAUAUGCAGUCUAUUACUUAAGAUUUACCUUUUUUUUUAAUACCUAACAUAUUUUAUAGAAUAUGUCGUAAUUAUUGAUGUGUACAGUACAGAACAGAACAACAAAUUGUAUAGAAUAAUCUGUACAAAAUAUAUGUUACAGUUGUAUACCUACUGAACUGCAUUGUAUUAUUUGGUUCCACUAAGUAUAUUUUGUUUAUGUUUGUGAUAGUGAUUUGGGGUACCCAGGGUCAAAUAUUUUUUUACAGAAACAAAUGUUUGUAUAAUUUGUCGUCUUUGCACUGAAAUAUAAAUAAUUUUCAAUGGCAA